GAUGUUGUUAAAAAGCUCCAUCCUUACGCAAAUAUUGCUUGGAAAAUCUUGGAUUCGGCUUACCAAGCCGUUCGAGGACAGAUUGAGAGGGAUGUCGCACUCCAUGAUCUCGUAGACUCCAUGGGCGAUCUCUAUUCAUUCGUCGAUGAUGUCAACGAGCUGAAAAACAAAAUCAAGUCCCUCGAGCACGUUAUCAUCCAAAUCUCUGUUCAAAUGACUGAAUGCGGUAUUUUUAUUAAGCAGUAUGUGUCCCAUGGGUUCGCAGGUGGGUUGAUC